CCCUCCGACCCGGAAGCAGAGCCAGAGCGCGUCGCAGCAGCCCCCAACGAAGACCGGCUUGUCUCUGGUCGGUUCCCGGCGCUCUGCGUUUCGUGACCUUGUCCAGUAGAAGGCUAUUUAAUUUUCACAACUGCUUGAAUUUUGACAUACAAGAUGAAGCAAGAUGCCUCAAGAAAUGCUGCCUACACUGUGGAUUGUGAAGAUUAUGUGCAUGUGGUAGAAUUUAAUCCCUUUGAGAAUGGGGAUUCAGGAAACCUAAUUGCAUAUGGUGGCAAUAAUUAUGUGGUCAUUGGCACGUGUACGUUUCAGGAAGAAGAAGCAGACGUUGAAGGCAUUCAGUAUAAAACACUUCGAACAUUUCACCAUGGAGUCAGGGUCGAUGGCAUAGCUUGGAGCCCAGAGACUAGACUUGAUUCACUGCCUCCAGUAAUCAAAUUUUGUACUUCAGCUGCUGAUAUGAAAAUUAGAUUAUUUACUUCAGAUCUUCAAGAUAAAAAUGAAUAUAAGGUUUUAGAGGGCCAUACAGAUUUCAUUAAUGGUUUGGUGUUUGAUCCCAAAGAAGGCCAAGAAAUUGCAAGUGUGAGUGACGAUCACACCUGUAGGAUUUGGAACUUGGAAGGCGUGCAAACAGCUCAUUUUGUUCUGCAUUCUCCUGGCAUGAGUGUAUGCUGGCAUCCUGAGGAGACUUUUAAGCUAAUGGUUGCAGAGAAGAAUGGAACAAUCCGAUUUUAUGAUCUUUUGGCCCAACAGGCUAUUUUAUCUCUUGAAUCAGAACAAGUGCCAUUAAUGUCAGCACACUGGUGCUUAAAAAACACCUUCAAAGUUGGAGCCGUUGCAGGAAAUGAUUGGUUAAUUUGGGAUAUUACUCGGUCCAGUUAUCCUCAAAAUAAGAGACCUGUUCACAUGGAUCGAGCCUGCUUAUUCAGGUGGUCCACAAUUAGUGAAAAUCUGUUUGCAACCACUGGUUAUCCUGGCAAAAUGGCAAGCCAGUUUCAAAUUCAUCAUUUAGGACACCCUCAGCCCAUCCUCAUGGGUUCUGUAGCCGUUGGAUCUGGCCUGUCCUGGCAUCGAACUCUCCCUCUGUGUGUAAUUGGAGGAGACCACAAGCUGUUGUUUUGGGUGACUGAAGUAUAAAGUUUUCUUUGUACCUUAGAUUCACAAACUUUGUAUUUUUAGUACAUAUUUUGAAGAAUUUCUAUAGUACAUAUUUUGAAGAAUUUUUAUAUCAAAUAUACCAUAUACUUUAGAAAAUGUCUUAGUUGCUUUUAUUAAAUAAAAUGUGAAUGAUUUGAAAAAUUA